AUGUCAAACUCUUCCAAUCACGAAUUACGCAUUGCAGUCAUUGGCUCUGGGACCAUUGGGCUCUCGUUUGCUGCUCUGCAUCUGUCACACCCGAGCAAAGCGACACAAGUCGUCAUUUACGAUCCUCGACCUGACCUGAAAGAGUACAUCGAGUCAACACUGCCAAAUUAUCUCGACUCGAGUUUGUCUAGCCUGUCUUCGCUACUGGAUUCAAACCGCCUCGUGAUCGGAUCGUCUUUGCCAUCUGCAGUGGAAGCCGCCGACAUCAUUCAGGAACAAGGCCCAGAAAAUGUAGCCUUUAAACAGAGUAUAUGGCCACAGAUUGAAAAGGCAGCUCCAGCAACAGCAUUGUUCUGGUCCAGCACGUCCGGUAUCCCAGCGUCCGUCCAGGGUGCUGAUAUGCAAGAGCCGGCGCGUUUGUUGAUUGUGCAUCCUUUCAACCCACCGCACAUCAUGCCUGUACUUGAAGUUGUUCCGUCAGGCGGGGCAAAUGGCAGCCUAGCCUCGAAGCCGUACAUAGAAAGAACAGUCGAAUAUUGGAAGGCCUUGAAUCGGUUGCCUGUCAUCUUGCAAGAAGAAGUCACCGGAUUCGUGGCCAACCGUUUGUCCUUUGCCUUGCUUCGAGAGGCCGUCCACCUCGUCAAUUCUGGCGUGGUCACGGCCGAAGAAGUCGAUCGUAUCGUCGAAGAGAGCAUGGGCCCACGAUGGGCCGUCAAGGGACCGUUCUGGAGUUAUCAUGCCGGCGGGGGGAAGGAAAAAGGGCUGAAGGGAUUUUUGGAGAAGAUCGGAGACACGGUGCAGGCUUGUUGGGACGAUGCUGGGACACCGUCGCUGCAGAGAGAUGGAAAUGGCCCGUCGGCAUGGGAACGGAGCCCAUAUCAACUUCCCCUCCCCACCGCCCUUCAACUCUUAACUUUCAUACCAUCUGUCGACCUCGUGUACGAUUGUUCAUCUGCACACAUGUCUCAGUGGGAGGCGUCCAACGAUUUGGAGGGUGCUGCUGGUGCCAACGAUGACUUCGACUCCCAUGCCCCUGGUCCUUCCCAGGCCUUCGCUCCCCUAAAGGAGCAGCACGACGAUGGAUAUUAUGCUGGUGGUGGCGGCCAGGACGCAUAUGUUGGCGACGACACCUGCCGCAACUGUGGCCAGCCAGGUCAUUUUGCCCGUGAAUGCCCCGAACCACGCAAGGGUGGCGGCGCCUGCUUCAACUGCGGUGAAGAGGGCCACAACAAGGCCGACUGCCCCAACCCCCGCGUUUUCAAGGGCACCUGCCGCAUUUGCAACGAGGAGGGCCAUCCUGCGAUGGAAUGUCCUCAGCGCGCACCUGACGUCUGUAAAAAUUGCCGCAAAGAGGGUCACAAAACUUCCGAAUGCAAGGACAAUCGUUCAUUCGAUCUCAACGAUGUGCCUGACAAGACUCCGCAAGAAGCUUGGGCUGGCCUGAAGAAGGCAGAUGAGGAACGUGAUCUGGACGACUUUCGUGAUGCUUUCAAGGUGUAUGCAAAGGCUGAGCCCGCCGUGACCUUUGUUGACAUCGAGAAGAAGCUCCGCGCAGAGAACGCUAAUGUUUACCUGAUUGCACUUGAGAAGCAGAAGGAGGGUUUCGAGAGCUACACCCUGAUCGAUCUUCAGGGCAAACUGGAUUGCACCUAUGUGGUCAGCUUCUUUUUCAGUGCCAAACCGCAGCGUGUCAGUUUCAAGGAGCGCUGGCCUGAAAGCCCAGAGCAGAAUCUAGAACGUCUAGAAGAUGCUGGCUUCGCCUACGAUCGGAUGAUCCCCAAGUGCGGCAAUUGCGGAGAGUUGGGACACGGAUCCAGGGGAUGCAAAAAAGAACGAGAAGAAAUUGUUCGCAUGACAGUCACCUGCGUGGUCUGCAACGAGGCCGGACACCGGGCUCGUGACUGUACUCAGGAACGCAAGUCCAAGUUUGGCUGUCGCAACUGCGGCGCCGAGGACCACAAGGCAGCCGAAUGUACCGAGCCGAGAAGCAUGGAGGGUGUUGAGUGUCGCCGCUGCAACGAAAUGGGACACUUUGCCAAGGAUUGCCCAUCUGCACCAGCGCAGUUUGCUAAGGCGUGCCGUAAGUGUGGUGCAGAGGGCCACAUUUCUCGCGAGUGCACCGAGGAGCAAAACAUGGACCUCAUUGUUUGCAAGAACUGUGACGCCACGGGACACUACAGCCGGGACUGCCCUAAACCCAGGGACUACUCGCGCGUCAAGUGCAACAACUGUGGUAAGAUGGGACACACUGUGAAGCGUUGCUCCCAGCCUGUUGCCGAAGAAGACACCACCAUGAUUGCGGGUGAGGAGGAUGCGGAGGUGGCGCCGCCUCCAGCCGCGUCUGGUACCUGGGGUAAUGGCGACGCAGGAGACGGUUGGUAG